GUGAAACGUCUGAUGCUGCAGCCCCACUAGUCGCUCUCCUCGUCCACAGCAGACAUGGCGACAGUGGUCCAACCGCUCACUUUGGAGCGCGACGUGGCGAGGGCCAUUGAGCUGCUGGAGAAGCUUCAGGAGUCAGGAGACGUCCCGGGCCACAAACUCCAGUCUCUCAAGAAGGUGCUGCAGAGCGAGUUCUGUACGGCCAUCAGAGAGGUGUAUCAGUAUAUGCACGAAACAAUUACGGUGAAUGGCUGUCCUGAAUACCAGGCACGGGCUACUGCAAAGGCGACGGUGGCGGCGUUUGCGGCCAGCGAGGGCCACUCGCACCCGCGGGUGGUGGAGCUCCCCAAGACGGAGGAGGGUCUGGGCUUCAACGUGAUGGGGGGCAAGGAGCAGAACUCCCCCAUCUACAUCUCGCGCAUCAUCCCCGGGGGCGUAGCGGAGAGGCACGGCGGGCUCAAGAGAGGGGACCAGCUACUCUCUGUCAAUGGAGUGAGCGUGGAAGGUGAGCACCACGAGAAGGCGGUGGAGCUGCUGAAGGCGGCGAAGGACAGCGUGAAGCUGGUGGUGCGCUACACGCCCAAGGUCCUGGAGGAGAUGGAGGCGCGCUUCGAGAAGCUCCGCACCGCCCGCCGCCGCCAGCAGCAGCAGCUGCUCAUCCAGCAGCAGCAGCAGCAGCAGAGCCAGUCCUCCUCCACCCAGCACAACCACAUGUCGUAAGGUUGUUUCAGAAGAAGAAAUGAGAAGAAACAGAGAAAGAGAGAGAGAGAGUUUAACUUCAGUCGAGGCAGGAAGGAAGAAGGCUGCCAGCCUUCUCGAACCGCCAGAGGACAUGAUACACCAACAACCAGACCCAGAAACCAGUAAUCGAAAUCAGGACCCAGAGCCAAAACUAGAAAUCCACUCUUGACUACCACUCGGACUAAAAACCCAGACCCGGCAGACAUAUAAAAUGAUUUUCAAUUUUCGGCCAAUGACUACUUUUUCCUCAACCCUUCUUGCAGUAGUACAUAUGCAGCCAGAGGAUAUGAUACACCAAGCUAACCCAGAAACCAGACUCCCUCGGACACAAGACCCAGACCCAGAAGAUCCAAGAGACAUAAACAAUAGUUUCCAUUUUUUUUCAGCCAACGAACAGACUUUUACCCACACUCAACUUACUACAGUAGUCAUCGACAGUCUGACAGACAGACAUACAGACAGACAGACAGACAUACAGACAGACAGACAGACAGACAGACAGACAGACAGACAAACAGACAGACAGACAGACAGUCAUACAGGCGUUCAUCAAGUUGUAUUCAGUAUAAAACAAAACAGAAAAAUAAUCGAACAGUGAUGUUUGUCCUGCAAUGUAAUGCACAGGUGCUUUGAAAAAUGUGCGCAGCAAUGUGUCUGUACGUUCAGACCGAACACGGUGAAAGUAUGAAAUGAAGCUGAAAUGAAGAAUUUUGUAUUAGAUACAGUAUGACAAACAAACGCACACUGAGAGUUAGAGAUGAGUUUUUGGACAUCGACAGUAUAGCACCAGAAAGCUGAAUUUCAGUUGAGUUUGUUGCAAUGCAUGGUAAUUUGUUGGCAUCUAAUCAAUGAAUAACCCAAUCAUUGCUGCUUUUAGUCAAGUCAACUCAAGUCGAGUCAGCUUUUAUUGUCACUUUCUUCAUAUGCACAAGACAUACAAGGGAAAUGAAAUUACGUUUUCUCUCUAUACCAUGCCAGGACAAGACAUAUUCAAGACUGACAUUUUACAGACUGACAUAAAGUGCAAGACAUGACAGGUAACAGUGAUGGAUUGGUAACAAGUGGUCAUUUUAGUGCUAUAGUGCCUAACAGAUUGUGUUGGGCUCGUUCAGCUGCUCUCGUGCUUUUACCAUGUUUGGUCUGUACAUAGUACAGUACAGUAAGAAGCAAAAUAGCACUACGUAUAUGGGUCAGUUUUUAGAAAGCUUUCCUUUUUUGAGUUGUCCUCUCUGGUAGUUUUGAAUUCUGGCCCUUUUAUUGCUUAAGGGGAAGUUCUGUCGUGAAGUUUUUGUGACACUUGUAUUUCCUUUGUCCUUCUUUCUCUGAAUUAUUUGACCCAGUGUGUGGACUAAGUUGACUUUUGUUUCUUCUUUCUCCUUUGUGAUUUUUUUUGCCACAGCUUUUUAACAGUGACAGUUUUUAAAC